UGUCAGACGGCCAAUCGCUGUCAGCCAUCGUCCGUGCUUUUUCCCUCCCUAGCGCUAUCUCAUUCUCGCGUGUUGUCAAUGCAAAGCGUGGAGAAAGGAACCGUUGAGAAAUGAAAACAAACGCCAACAGAACUUUAACCAGUGCACCAGUCGCAAAGUGUUUGUAGUAAAAGCGUGAAAAUGGAACGUAAUCCAGACAAAAAGAGUGGCUUGGUGUACCAUGCAGCUGAACGGGCGUGUAAGCGGCGUUUUGAGGAGGUGGAGAGGGAAUUCCGUCGUGCCCGGCAACCGGAGCUGCCGACUGUGGAAAACCAAGCCGAUGAUGCUGAACCAUCGUACAUGGAGCCCGGUCCGAGCUGUUUAACAGACGAUGCUGCUCCGCUUAGCGACAGCGAGGAGGACAGCAUGGCCGACGCAUGCAGCGGGGCAGAAAGUGACGACGUCGAAGACAUCCAGGUCGAGGUGCAAACGCCGGACCAACCGUACGAAGACCUUUCGUGCGAGGAAGGUUUGCGGCUGUGGGCCCUGCAAACUGGGCAAACUCAUCGCAGUUUGAGCCUUUUGCUGGGCCAUUUGCGGCAGCAUUUUCCCAACGCCAGAUUGCCCAAGGAUGCUCGGACGUUACUGAACACGCCCGCGUCCAGAGCACCGGAGACAGCCAUUACGCCUAUCGCAGGGGGGACGCUGUGGUACCAGGGUGUGGGGAAAUGCCUUCUUUCGUACGGAUGACGGUUGCGAUUUUUUGUGGCGAAUCGAAACCGUUAAUCCUGGAGGAGUUUUUGGAUCAGUUCGUGGACGAAAUGAACCACCUUUUUAUGAACGGCCUGGUUAUUGGAACACGCUUUUACUGGGUAGCACCUACCACCGCGCAAAAUGGGCACUGGCCGACUAAUUUCUUUAAAGGUUUGUGGCAGCCUAUGGAGAUUUGUACAGUCCAGUGCUUAUGAAUAGCAACGUGCAUAACCUGCUGCACGUGUACGAGGACGUGCGCAGGUUUGAGGGUUUAAAAACCAUAUCGGCCUUCAUUUUGAGGCAUUUUUGCACGACCUCAAAAAGUUGGUACAUUCCGGGAGGCACAGCCUAGUCCAAGCGGUCCAUCGUUUGCUGGAACUGCAACAUAUUAAUGUUGCCAAGCGCCAGCAAAACCAACGAAAGGUGGACGAGCAAUCGGUGCGGACGGUUGGUGUCUACACCAUAGCGACCGUACGGGAGGGCUUCACGCUGCGGCCAAAUUUCCGCGACCAGUGGUGUAUGGCCAACUCGGGCGAGUUGGUCCGGUACGAAACGGCCACAAAAACGAAGGGAAAUCAGCUACUUGGUUUAAUUACGCGGACCUGUAGCGAGUUUACCGAUCCCAUGUGCGUCAAGUCUAUCUUCUGUGCCAUCGUAAGGUCGUGCCUGGAGUACUGCUGUCCGAUAUGGUGCCCGCUCGGCGUUGGUGACAUCAAUCGCCUCGAAGCCAUUCAACGGAGACUCACCAGGUACGCGGUUCGACUCCUUCCAUGGCAAUCCCACCACGCUCGGCCCACCUACCAUCAGCGGUGUCUGCUUCUCGGACUUGAACCACUCUGCUCUCGACGUAAAAACGCCCAAUGCCUUUUCAUAUUUCGGCUCCUUAACGGAGAGAUCGAUUCCCCGGCAUCACUAGCCAACAUCAAUUUGUUCGCUGGCUGUCGAAUUUUUAGAUCAAAUUUCCAUCUCCGUGUACCGCGUACCCACAACAACCAUAGCCAGGGACACCCCAUUAUACGUAUGUCCCUCGAGUUCAAUGAAGUGUUAGAUUUGUUCGAUUUCAGUAUGUCUACUUCUACGUUCAAGGAGAAAUUGCGUCUACGUCACAUUUAAUGUUAGCUUAUAACUAGAGGUCUAUUUAUAUGUUAUAAAUGAUCAUUGUUAUACAUAUCUUAAUUUAAUUAUAAGGUUGCCGAUUAGACACAAUGGUCCGUCGGUUGUUUAUGAAAUAAAUAAAUAAAUAAAUAAAUAAAACGGGCAACGAAAUCACAGUGCAGGGGUAUAGUUUCUGGAGCCAGGUGCCUGCAUUUACAGAACCGUGCCUCUCGACGGAGGCGAAUAUUUACUCGGCCAGCAUGGACGACUUAAACACAGGUACCCUGAAACACUACCCCAACAGUACAUUGAUGUGCAAGUUAGCUGCAGUACAGACAGCGCGGGCCGGGGUAUACACAUUUGUACCGUUGACACAUACUUAUGUAAAUGAAGCCUAAAAGAAAAAAUAUGCCCAGCUUUGUGUUUUGUACUUUAGGGUAGGGUAAAU